AUGCUUCCUGGCUAUAAGCCCUCCUUUUCAUCUUCCGUUGGCUGCUGGGAACCGUUUGGUCUAUACAAUUACCCGUACAAGCUUGACUUGAGGCCUCCCUCGACGAGCCUUGGCUGCAUGGUGCCAGCGACCAUGUCAAGGCGAAAUCAGCAGGGCGAGUUGACCUAUCCACACUUUGCCCUCAUCUAUAUCGACCGAGAUGGCAAUCUGCGCCAUGAAGCAUCGCGUUCUAUCGCCAAUAGCCGCGAAACCAUCUUGUCUCCUCGUGUCACCAACGAGUUUCUCAGAGCCGUGGCCAGGUCAAGCGACCUGGGUCCGUCACAUUCCCAGUGCCAUGCGCCUCAUGUUGCUGACAUUCCGGGCAUUGAAGGACACCUUCAAGUGCCGAUGCCCCCUGGGCUGCCAAUUCAACCGGCGUUAUGGCCCGGCCAACAGGAACCAUGGCCUACGCAAGUCCAGCAGCCCAGAAGGAAGCCCUGGAACGAAGAACUAAGUCUCAGCAACCAAAAGGCUACGAUCUCCAUCAGUGAUACGGAUUUCUUGCGUGGCUACUAUGAGAAGGUCUUCCAAAAUCUACAGCAGACGAAUUGCCGAAUUAUAGCCAAAGCCUACGUCAAGCUCGUGGAGCCCCGCAAGCAGGUCAACUAUCCGUACAACGGGCGGAAAAUAGUUGCUGGUAGGACCCAGCAGCUUGAGCCCGAUGCGACCAAGCCGCCAUGGUGGCCGGCUGGGGUGAGCCACCGAGAGCCAGACCAUCUUCCCAAAGCUGAACGCAUUAGACUCUUGGUUCACAUCCUUUGUGACCUGCGCGCGAGCAACGGAGUCACCGCCCGAAGACUUGAACAAGCAGAGCAGCCAAUUCGUCGUCAAAUCUCCCCAGCCGAGCGAUUGCAGCUAUUGGAUGAACUAUACGAGGUGAGAGAAGCGGAGGAAAAGUUUUUAGAUGGUGUGGCCGAUGAGAAAACCACGGUAUCCGUGUUACGAGCGAACCUCCCAGAUGCGGUAGAACUCUCUGUCCACCAGGGAGAAGCCAGCAGAAGAGCCACCCCGGCAGAAGAAGACGCUAGUCGACAGUCGACCAAAGAGACACCUAGUAGACGCAACGGACUUUUACGCAGCAACAUACCACAGCCUCUACUUGUACCCAGUCCCGAUUUGCCGACGAACCUAACCCCAAGCCCUCACGCCGCCACCCCAAGUCCCUCGCAAUAUAUUCAACAAGACCUCCCCAUACACCCCGGCUUCGAGCAUACUUCUUCGGCAUCACCACAGGACUUGAAGAGAAAACGUCCCGUUAGCGAAGCAGGCCCAUCUACAAGUACCAGUCCGGCUUCUGUUCCAUACUACUCUCCUGUUUUCGUGGGCUCCCAACCGUUCUUGUCAGAAAGGUAUGAUAACCUUGAAGGCUUGCCACAACCGGGGGGCCCGAACACGGUACAACCUGGGGCAGAAAACUUCGCAGAGAACAUAGAGAUCUACGGAUUCCCUUACUAUUUCGAUAAUUGA